AUGAAGUCUGAGAACUACAAUCUUCCAGAGGGCAGCGCGGGUCCCGACGUCGUGGAAUAUCCGAAUGCCUUUAGGGCUGCUUGCAUCUCUGUCGGAGUUGCUCUGGGCAUUUUCUUGGUUGGCUUGGACAUGACGAUUGUCGCGACUGCCAUCCCUCGAAUUACCGAUGACUUCAGCGGAAUUGACCUUAUCGGCUGGUACGGCUCAGCCUUCUUCAUUACGCUUGCUUGCUUCCAACCUUUCUGGGGCAAGGUUUAUCCUUUCUUCUCUCUUAAAUAUGCAUUCUUAGUUGCUGUGUUUAUCUUCGAGCUGGGCUCACUGCUUUCGGGCGUUGCGCCCAACAGCACUGUCCUCAUUGUCGGACGAGCUAUUACGGGUGCGGGCGGUGCGGGCAUUGCAACGGGCGGUUACGCCAUCCUUAGUAUUAUCGUGCGACCUCAAAUCCGGCCAAUCUUCACCGGUCUCAUUACUACAGUCUACAGCAUUGCCAAUGUCCUUGGUCCAAUCCUGGGUGGCGUUUUUGCUGAGCAAACUACCUGGCGCUGGUGCUUCUACGUUAACUUACCGUUUGGUGGAGCCUCUGGACUAAUCAUCUUCCUGCUUUUCCACGUGCCCGAAAAUGCACGUAGGGCCAAAGCGCCGCUGAAGGAAAAGUUGUCGCACAUGGACCCUAUUGGGAUCACGCUUGCCCUCGCGUCUCUCAUUUUCCUGACACGAGUGUUCCAAGUCGCGGGCCUUGACAGGAAGUGGGACUCAGCUGAGGUCAUCGGCCUCCUUGUUGGCUGUGUCGUAUCCACCAUUGCAUUUAUUAUUUCCCAGUACUUCCAGGGAGACCGCGCGCUUCUUGUAUCACGGCUCAUCAAGAAACGCAUCGUUGCUGUGGGCAUGGCCUAUGGCUUCUUCCACGAAGGGGCCUUUUUUCUCCUUCUUUACUACGUCCCUAUCUACUUCCAGGUCGUUAGAGGCGCCACUCCCGCAGAGGCAGGCGUACGCAAUCUCCCUUUGCUGAUCAGCUGCGGCGUGGGAUCCCUUCUCGUUGGAUUUGUAGUCUCUCGGUUCGGUCACUUUGUUCCACUCAUGCUGUGGGCCAGCGCCGCUGGCUGCGUUGGAUCCGGUCUCAUCUACACUCUAAACGCUACAUCUUCUCCUGCUGAGUGGAUUAGCUAUCAAAUUAUCGCUGGCCUUGCGUAUGGGUCUGGCUUACCACUAGCCAUUAUUGCAGCUCAGGCCAAAUCCGAGACCGAAGACCUUGCUUCGACCACUGCUAUGCUAUUAUUUAUGUUCAACGUCGGAACGUCCACUUCUCUUGGGGCAGGUCAAGCUGUGCUGAACAACCUGCUUCUGUCAAAACUUCCAGAAACGGCGCCAAACGUCGACCCAUUCGAUGUCAUAUCCGCUGGCGCCACCGAAACCCGUGCGACAUUUCCCACUGCCGUUGUUCCGGGGAUUGUACAAGCCUAUCUCGAGACUUUGCGCGCUAUUUACGCUAUUGUUAUUGCGUACGCCGGUGUUGCGGUUGUAUUUGCUGUCGUCAACAGAUGGGAGAAGCUGCGCAUGAAAGAAUAG